AUGUGCUCUUUGCUCAAAAUCACCAAGCAUAGCCAACUCAGCUCUGCGGCAUGGGCCUACAAGUUAGCAGCUGAGGUGCCAUCGCGACGGUUAUGCUUUGCAAGCACACUUCGAGGCCUGCACAACAAGACAUCGGGUUCAUCGUGCCGGCUUGGCAAACGGCUUCAGAAGCCCAGCAUCCGGUUCGACGACUCGUGCCGACUGCUGCCGGCAGUGAUCCUCUGA